CCAGAGGUCAUGUCCCAACCAUUAUCUCGGUCGGGGAGGGCCUCCUCCGCUCGUGAAUCGCAGUCUCCUCGCAGCGUCCCAGGUUCUGUUGCAUAAUUAUGGGUCCGCAGUACCAGUACAAACCCCUCUUGCAUGACGACGAAACCCGACUCUUGCACUUGGAGCCGGGGUCGGGCGACGACGACAUCCGUUCUACGCUUCGCUCCGUCAGACUGAGCGAAAAGCGUUCGUAUGAGGCCAUAUCACACCUUCGAAGGCCUGACGCUGUCCGAGUGCUCUGGGCCGACACCGUCUGCAUCAACCAACGGGAUAUACCGGAAAAGAACAGGCAGGUUAGGCUCAUGAGCCGUAUGUACUCCCAGCCAAGUACCGUCCUUAUCUGGCUAGGCGACGACAGCUCGGGAUUCGACGAACUCGAUGGAUGCAUAAGGGGCGCACUGGAACUCUUGCCGCCCGAGCAUUUCGAAUUCGAAGAGAUAUACCCAAUCUCGUACGAAAUGUUCGGUGAAGCUGCGCGACUACGGCGCGAGAAGAAGCCCAACUUCUUGGAUCACGACUGGCGUCCCAUCACCAGUCUUGUCAAGCGGCCCUGGUUUAGCAGGAGAUGGAUUAUACAGGAAAUAGCUCCUGCAGACGACACAGUUCCCCGAACUGUUAUUUACGGACACAUCAAGUUUCCGUGGAAGGAACUCGCCGGCGUGGCCUACAGCAUAGCGUGCUACGGCAUUAAGACGCUCCUUGCUGGACUCGCAACGAUCAACUACCACGCACCAUACAUGCUAGCUUUUCUCGAGGACAGUUGCAAACCUGUCCACAUGCUGAAGGCCGUCUUCAUGACAUACUUGGUAACGGUAUACCGUAAGCUGACCCUCGUUGACUGUGUCACCGCGACGCCGGUAUUCCAAUGCACAGAUCGGAGGGACCAUCUCUACUCGCUGCUCAGUCUGCAGCAGGAUACCGUCUGCCUGGAAGUGGACUACCCCUUGUCCAUCGAGGAGGUAUGCAUGAAGUUCGCCGUUACAACACUAGUCCCCUUCCAAAACUUGAAGCUCCUGUGUCUCGCCCCGGACACCAACUAUCAAAUCGGAGGCCAAAAGCAGGACCGCCUUGCGCUUCCCUCGUGGGUCCCCGACUUGACGUGUCAGGGCCCCGUGAACCCCCUCGUCCCCUAAGUCACACCCCCUGCUUGUGAGCACCCCCCACAUUUGAGCACGUAAUUUCCAGGAUGCAGAUGUCCACCACAACCACUUUAGAAGACUAUUUCCGACUUUUCGCGGCCACUACAAUACAAUCGCCGGUAUCACUAGAUUCCUCAUCUUCAGAAGUUUCAUCCAAUUCAACCUCUACUGCUCCAGCCCCAAUCUGAGCCCUGCGGGUA